AUGGAGCUGCUGAAAUCAAUUUCAGAAUCAUGAAGAUGCUGCUUGUGACUCUGGCUCUUGCCCUUCUGCUGACCAGUGGUUCUGCCCUUAAAUGUCACAAGUGUACUCCUGAUGGAAAAUGUUCUAUUGUAACCUGUACCAGUGGUCAAGACACCUGUGUUGCCACAAGGGUGUUUACCCCCAGUGGUUCAUUUGUUGGAAAGAGAUGCUUAACACGGGCUCAGUGUUUGCAGUUGCAGAAAACUAACAAAUUUCCUGUUGCAUGCUGUGGGACGGACCUUUGCAAUAAAGUUGUUCCAUGAAAAUCUCAUAGGAAGUAUCAUGAUUAAUGAUCUACAUCA